GCCGCGGUUGACUUUUAUAGUCUUCUGUUUUGAUAUUUCAAUUGAUACAUUCUUCUUUGGCAGCAGAUCUAUUGAUCUUGCAACACAUGGAACUUCCUAGAAUUCACGUCACAAUUUUUGAACAAAACAUUUUUCUCUAAAUCACCGGCGAUUUCAAUUUAUUUUAUUUUAUUAUUUCCUCUCCUCUCCUCUCAACUGUAGUUCGUUUUCCGCCGAUCAAAGGUUUCGGAGCUUCUCGUGUCCUUGGGCUUCAGUUUCCACAUUGUGAAGCAAUAUAUCUGUGGAUAUACAAGGCUGAAGUCACUGGUAUAUCCUAUAGUUAUGACCUGUCUAUCAUUCUUAUGUGGACGAAAUUCAGCACAAAGCGAUCCGGUGCUUGGAGAUGAGCUCUCAGGAGUGCAAAAUGUUACUCUAUACUCAUACAAGGAGCUGACAAUUGCAACCAAUGGUUUUAGUCAAGCGAAUAAAAUCGGGGAGGGAGGAUUUGGUUCCGUCUAUAAGGGAAAACUUAGGAAUGGGCAGAUGGCUGCAAUUAAGGUUCUCUCUGCUGACUCGAGACAAGGAGUUAGAGAGUUCUUGACGGAGAUUCAAGUGAUUUCGGACAUAGAGCAUGGAAAUUUAGUCAAGCUUUAUGGUUGUUGUGUGGAACAGAAUCAAAGAAUCCUCGUUUACAACUACCUUGAGAAUAACAGUCUAGCAGCGACACUUCUUGGUGGGGGUCACUGCAGCAUCCAUUUUAGCUGGCAAAAACGAGUUAAGAUUUGUAAAGGAGUUGCUAGGGGGCUUGCCUAUCUUCACGAGGAAGUUAGACCGCAUAUAGUCCAUCGAGACAUCAAAGCAAGCAAUAUACUUCUAGACAAAUAUCUGAGCCCAAAAAUUUCAGAUUUUGGCCUUGCCAAGCUCAUGCCUCCGAACAUGACUCAUGUUAGUACACGCGUUGCUGGAACCAUAGGUUACUUGGCACCAGAAUAUGCGAUAAGAGGUCAGUUGACACGGCGUGCAGAUAUUUACAGUUUUGGGGUUCUUCUUAUUGAAAUAGUCAGCGGGAGAUGCAAUACAAAUACACGGUUACCCAUAGAAGAACAGUACAUUCUUGAAAGGACAUGGCAACUUUAUGAGAGAAAAGAGCUUGUGCUACUAGUGGACACAGCGCUCAAUGGACAAUUUGAUGCCGAGCAGGCUUGCAAGUUCUUCAAGAUCGGUCUGCUCUGCACGCAGGACUCUCCAAAGCUUCGGCCCUCUAUGUCGACUGUUGUCCGGAUGCUUACCGGAGAUCAAGAUUUUGAUGAAGAUGCAAUCACGAAGCCGGGGCUGAUCUCUGAUUUCAUGGACUUGAAGAUCAAAACCGAUCCAAAGCCAAAGCCCAACGCACACCUCACAUCGUCCAAUUUCAACUCAUCUGGUUCCGAUACAGCUGAGAACUCAACAUGGACUUCUGCACCUUCUUCUCAUGCUACGUUCUCCUUCACCGCCGUUUAUGAUCGCAGCUCUUGAUGAUUAAAUCUCAAGGGGAAUCCGCUCAUUUGAGGGUAAUUUUUCAUUUGUUAGACAAGGUUUCUUGUACAAUUUGUACCCUGCUUGCUUAUUAGAUUGUAUUGUUUCUUUUUCUUUUCUUUUCUUUCUUUUUUCAUGGUUUUGUUACGAGCUUGUGCUUCUCAUGAGACGAGACGAGAGAGCUGUGUAAAUGAAAAUGAAGUUAUCUAUGUCAGAUUUAUUCUACAAA